CGCGAGUUUAUGUUGUCGCCGGGCUUUGUUAAGUGAAGAUAAAAAGUUAUUUAAAAUUACUGUAAGAUCAACAGAACUAAAUUAUUAUGAAGUGUACCAUACCAGAAAUAUCCUGGCAUAACAAAGAACCAGUUUUAAGUGUCGAUAUUCAUCCUAUUUCAAAUGGUCAUUAUAGGUUGGCCUCAGGUGGUGUAGACAGUCAUAUUCUGAUAUGGCAGCUGAUUAUAAGUGAAAACGGAUCAGUUAAACAAGAAUUGGUAUCAGAUUUAACUAGGCAUCAGAGAUCAGUCAAUAUAGUAAGAUGGUCACCUUCAGGACAGUAUCUAGCAUCUGCAGAUGAUGAUGCAAAUAUCAUAGUGUGGCAGUUGAAAAAUGACAAUAUCCCUCUAUUAGAAGGUGAUACUGAAGACAAAGAAAUUUGGAUUGUUUAUAAGGUAUUACGCGGACACAAGGAAGAUAUCUAUGAUUUAUGUUGGUCUGUAGAUAAUACGAAAUUAUUAUCAGGUUCUGUGGAUAAUACUGCUGUUUUAUGGGAUCUUACAAAAGGAAAAAUGGAUCAUAUUAUGUCAGAUCAUAAGGGUUUUGUUCAGGGAGUAGCCUGGGAUCCCAAAAACCAACUCUUAGCAACAAUCAGUACUGACAGAAUAUGUAGAAUUUUCGAUGUAACCGGCAAACAGGUAAAAAGUAGAAUCCAUAAGGGAAAACUACCAGUUCCUGACAGCCACUUUCUCUAUGACAAGGAGUGUAAAUUUUUUUAUGACGAUACUUUUAAAUCGUUUUUCAGAAGACUUCAGUUCACUCCGGAUGGUUCAUUACUUAUUGUACCUUCGGGGCAUUUUCAGGAUGAGGAAUGUAAGAAGAUUAUCAAUUCCAGUUUAAUUUUUACAUUGGAUAAUUGGACUGAACCCGCAGCAAUUCUACCAUUGGACAACCAAAGCAGCACAACAGUAAGGUGCUGUCCGCUACUUUUUUGCCUUCGAGACGACGGACCAGAAUCUUUGGUGAACCUUCCCUACCGGAUGAUAUUUGCUGUAGGAACCGAUCACGAUAUUAUACUUUAUGAUACUCAACAAACGAAACCAUUCGCUCGAUUUCAUGAAAUUCAUUACACCAGAAUUACAGAUCUUACCUGGUCUGCGGAUGGUCUGAUUUUAAUAGCUUCCUCUACUGAUGGAUUCUGUACCAUAAUUACUUUCGAACAGGAAGAACUCGGUAAGAUUUAUACUAAAGAGGAAAGUGACGAAGAAGUGAGUAAUAUGGAAUGUAGCGAAAUUACUCCAAUAGACACUACAGAUAAAGACGAAAAUGUUGACAUUACUAAUAAAACCGAUAAGGAAGAAACGAAAACAGAAGUUAAGAAGAGACCUAGUUUUAUCCAACAGUGGGUGCAAAACACGCCCAAAAAAGCUAAGGUGGAAAAGAAAAAUGUCACUGAUUGUGAAGAUAUUAUAGAACUAGACGAUGAUGAAGAUAACAGUGAAGAUAACGGCGACGAAAAACCGAAAGAACUGUCCAAAGAAAUAAAAGACGAAAUACACAAGCUCCUACCCAGACGAAUAGCUCCCAUUAAAAUAGAUGAAGUCAGUAAAAGCUCCAAAACUGAAGCUAAGCCUAUUGAGGUUAGAAGAAAACCAAGAGAAAUUCAAAAUAAUCAAACUAACGAAUCUAAGACUGAAUUAAAAGAUAUUAGAUCGGAGGCAAAACUUAUUGAAGUCAGAAGAAAACCCAGAGAAGAAAAUAAACCAAAUGAAGCUAUAGAUAAAAAAGAUGAAGCAAAACUUAUUGAGGUCAGAAGAAAGCCAAAAGAAGAAGAAAACAAGAAAUCUGGUGAAAUUGGAGAAAAAAACCUAGAAGCCAAACCUAUCGAGGUCAGAAGAAAGCCAAAGGAAGAAGAAAAUAACAAAUCUAAUGAAGCUGGAGUAAAAAAACUGGAAGCCAAACCUAUCGAGGUCAGAAGAAAGCCAAAGGAAGAAGAAAAUAACAAAUCUAAUGAAGCUGGAGUAAAAAAACUGGAAGCCAAACCUAUCGAGGUCAGAAGAAAGCCAAAAGAAGAAGAAAACAAUAAAUCUGGUGAAACUGGAGAAAAAAACAUAGAAGCCAAACCUAUUGAGAUCAGAAAAAAGAGAAACGAGAGAAAAUGUAAUAAACCUAACGAACCUGGAGGCGAAAAAGUUGUCGAGAAACCUAAAGUAGAAGUAGAAUUAAAUACUAAUGAAACUGGAGAGAAAAAACUAGAAGCAAAGCCUAUAGAAGUGCGAAGGAAACCGAGAGAGGUAACAAAUAGUCCAUCUCAAAAGCCCAAAGCAGCGUCUACAAUAAUAAAUAUGUUAAUUCCACGAAGAAUUACACCUAAAAAAGUUGAAGAUAAUGUAACUGCCAAAUCAAAUGUUGAUAAGGACAAAAUUCUUAAAAUAGUUCUUACACCUCUCAAUUUAAAUGAUAUUAGCCAUAAUACUGAAAGUAAAGGCGGUUCGACUGAACAUAUAAUUAAUGACAAAAUUGCCAGUAGAUCUGAAGAAAAAACAGAAAACAAUAUGAGUAAUAGACUUGAAAAUAUGAAUUCUGACCAAAAAAGUAAAGAUGAAAUUAUAGAUUUGGUUAGCAAUAGCCAGGAUCAAGAAGUAGACCAAAAAACUAAUAAUAAUAAUUUGUUAAGUACACAUAGCAAAAAGACUACAAACAGUCCCUCACAAAACAAAAGUAACAAAAAGAAAAAUGUUUCAAAUGGCACAAAAUCCAAAAAUAAAAAUACAUCCAGUAUUACCACUACACCUUCAAAACCAGCUACCAGUAAAAGUACAUCGUCGACAGAUAAAAAAUCGUCCUCCCUUAAGAAAAAAGAUGGUCCAAAAAUCAAAGUAGGUUCUCUUAUUCCAAAAAAAUUGAGCACAACCCCCGCUAAAAGCAAUCCUCUGCUGGACUUCCUAAAGAAAUCAAGUGACAAGAAGAAAAAUAAACCAGAGGCUGUUGUUGUCCAGAACGUCGAUUUAACCUUGGAUGACCUUGAAGCUAGAGACGGAUUCGGUGACGAUAUUGCCAAGAAAGAUGUGCCUGCGGUACCGGAUGCUGUACCUAUGGAAGAUGACUUCACCGAAGAUUUUUGUCUUCAGCUCGAAGAUACUCAAGACGACAAAACAGAAAAGAAAAGUGAGUGUACGAAAAUGGACGUAGAUAAAGUUGAUGUAGAUCAGAAUGAUGCACAGGUAAAUAGGAUCAUAGAAGUAGUAUCAGAUGAAAGUAGUUCGCCGAAACAAAAGAAAAACGACGAGACUGUGGUACAAAAGAAGCCUCGGAGGGUGCCCUUAAUCACUUUAGCCAGUCCUAAAGGAAAGAAAAAGCCUUCUACAGAGAAAAACUCGAACUGAUGAGGUUGUUGGUCUGUUGUGGUUGCCAUUAGCGCUAUUUGUUAACAUUGAAAGUUUUAUAAUGGAAAUUUUAAUAUGGGAACGGGGCGAGAUUGUUACUUUUGGUUUUGAUUUUUAUAUAGAGUUGGAAGAAGUUAUAGAAGACGGAUAAGCUAUCACUUUUAUUUUUGAUACAAACUAUGUACUUCUACUAAGAAAACUCCUUGUAGUCUGAGCUUCUCCAUUUAGGGCUUGUUUUAUUCAUUUUAUCCGCCAACUUUUACUAUUUAUGUUAUCAUAUCGAUAAACUUUCCAUGUCCACUGUUAAUUUAUACUUAGAUACUUUAUUUUACACUUUAUAUCUAUCUUUAGCUAGUUUGGACACAGAGAAAGAGUCAUUUGACCGUUGAAAGAUGACGUUUGAUGUAGAAACUUGAUGAAUUACGUAUGACAGCUGACGUAUGACGUUUCAGACACCUAGCAGAAUGACAAAACAUGGAAAAAAGAAUUUAUACGUAGCAGACGAGAAGAAGAAGAGGAUUUGCCCAUCUGUCAAACUUGGCGGUACAUCAAAGGAUGCCGCUCAAAAUUUUCUCACACUCAGUUGGCCCAUACUGUGCUAUUUUUUUUUUGUAUGCGUACUACUAACGAGAUUUCUGCUUGGUUAGAAUAAUAUCAACUGCAUUUAUUUUGCAGUUUCUUCACGUUUUAGUUUGUUUAAGUUCAAUUUAAACAUACAUUAAUGAGCCAAGUAUAAGAUUUGAUUAUUGUAUUUGUGCAAGUAGAUCAGGAAAGUCAUGGUGAAUAAAAAUAUUGUUAAAAAUAUCAACUAAUAUUAGUUUUGCAUUCAGAUGAAGAUUUCGUAAGAAAAGAGAGUGGAUAUCAUCAGGUCCCUGACUCGAAUUUUUAGCACUUAAACAAAAUUCUAAUUCCUGAAGACUUACUGGUUUGAUUAUUGGAUUGCCGCUCUCUGUGAUUUGUAUAUUUGAAGACUUCUUCUUCUUCUUCAAGUGCCGUCUUCGUUCCGAAGUUUGGCUAUCAUCAAAGCUAUGCGUAUUUUUGAUGCUGCAGAUCUAAACAGUUGGUAAUUGGUGCAAUUGUACC